UCGUGCUUGGCCACGUCCAAGCUCAGUUGUGAUGGGCGGCUCCGAGCCCUAAAACCCCCAGGUUACACUAGCUAGCGCCCGGCCCAUUGCACCUAGGCUGGGUCCGACUCGGAACGACCGCUUUCCCCCGCCGUACCCGUGUUGUGCCGCUCGCCGCUGCCUCAUUGCUACCAUCACCCGAGGUCACACCCCAAAUCCUGGCAGGCCCGGGGUGUCCGUAUACAGGUUUGUCGGUUCGUUUGUGUGUGAGAGUGGUUCGGAGCGCCCUAUUCCUGCCAUGGCAUGUUCAGAGUUAAGGCAGGAGGAGGUUUCCCCCAGUCUGGGGGGGGGGGGGAGCGAGGGGCGGACCCGGUCCAGCCCCGCCCCACGCCGGAGCGGUGCGGGAGCCCCACCGGAGCCCGGCUUCAGCCCUAGCCACAGCCCGCGUUAGCGGAGGCGGAACGGCGGAUCCCGUGCCCCCGCGACAUCAGAGACUCAGCCGGUGAAGUCAAGGUCCCUUGGACUGGUCAGAUACACCCUUACACCAUUGGCAGAAUCAAGAUGAGGCCUUGUCAUGUCCCCCUAGUGAGGCCCACAGCCUAAGCAGAUAGCAUGGCCUAUCACUGGCAGUGAAUGAGAUGGCUGCAGGAGGUGGCCGGGCCUUUGCUUGGCAGGUGUUUCCCCCCAUGCCCACUUGCCGGGUAUAUGGCACAGUGGCACACCAGGAUGGGCACCUGCUAGUAUUGGGGGGCUGUGGCCAGGCUGGGUUACCUCUGGACACUGCUGAGACACUGGAUAUGGCCUCACACACAUGGCUAGCACUGGCACCCCUUCCCACUGCCCGGGCUGGUGCAGCUGCUGUGGUUCUGGGUAAGCAGGUGCUAGUGGUGGGUGGUGUGGAUGAGGUCCAAAGCCCAGUAGCUGCUGUGGAGGCCUUCCUGGCUGAUGAAGGCCGCUGGGAACGUCGGGCCACCCUCCCUCAAGCAUCCAUGGGGGUUGCAACUGUGGAGAGAGAUGGCAUGGUGUAUGCUCUGGGGGGAAUGGGCCCUGACACGGCCCCCCAGGCCCAGGUACGGGUGUAUGAGCCCCGCCGGGACUGCUGGCUUUCGCUACCCUCCAUGCCCACACCCUGCUACGGGGCCUCCACCUUCCUGCACGGGAACAAGAUCUAUGUCCUGGGAGGCCGCCAGGGCAAGCUUCCAGUGACUGCUUUUGAAGCUUUUGAUCUGGAGACCCGUACAUGGACCCGGCACCCAAGCCUGCCGAGCCGCCGAGCCUUUGCUGGCUGUGCAAUGGCUGAAGGAAGCGUCUUUAGCCUGGGUGGCCUGCAGCAGCCUGGGCCCCACAAUUUCUACUCCCGCCCACACUUUGUCAACACAGUGGAGAUGUUUGACCUGGAGCAUGGGUCCUGGACCAAGCUGCCUCGCAGCCUGCGCAUGAGGGAUAAGAGGGCUGACUUUGUGGUUGGCUCCCUUGGGGGCAACAUCGUGGCUAUUGGGGGUCUUGGAAACCAGCCAUGCCCUCUGGGCUCUGUGGAGAGUUUCAGUCUUGCACGGCGACGUUGGGAGACACUGCCUGCCAUGCCCACAGCCCGAUGCUCUUGUUCCAGCCUGCAGGCUGGGCCCCGGCUAUUUGUUAUUGGGGGUGUAGCCCAGGGCCCCAGUCAAGCUGUGGAGGCACUGUGUCUGCGUGAUGGAGUCUGAAGGCCUGGUGGGACCUGUCUACCAGAGCUGAAACAGAACUCUGGCUCCUUUUUGCUGCUGAGGGAGCUCCCCAUGGCUCUGUAGGAUAAGGGAGGCAAUAGGAGAGGGCACUUGAGUCACUGCCUUGGGAACUUGGGUUGGGGGAGCCUUUGUCUUUAGCACAGGACACACAUAUUCACACCUACCUUUAUCACCAUCCAUUCAUGAACUGUACUUAGCUCCACCCAUGCCCUAGAACUUACUAGGCCCUCUUGUCAACUGGGAAGUGGAAAGAGUGUUGUUGGCUUUAUAUUCUACAGGAUAGGCACUAAGAAUUGAGCAGGCCCAUUCCAGUGGUCAUUCUGGAAAAGCCCUAGCUUCUAGCCUGCCUUGAGGGUCCCAAUAGACCCCAGGAGUAUUCAGAGAGUGUGGGGGGACACAGAAGAAAUAGAAUGUGGGGACUAUUAGAGGACCAGAAGAAUGUUGGCUUUGGGCCGUCUACACUGAUGGUUGUGUGACCUUGGGCAAGUCAUUUCACCUCUCUGUGCCUCAGCAUCCUCAUCUGUAAAUGGGGAUCUCUGAAACCUUCCUGCCCUACCUACCUCACAGGGAUGUUGUGAGGACCCAGGGAGUUUUGAUGUAGAAGUAAAAGUACUGCUAAAAUCU